ACUUUAGUUGGCGCUACAGGCUUUUGAAGGUCGCCGAUCAUGUGUAUUUAGGAAUGAACUUUGGAAAUUUACAGUCCUUUGUAGCUAAAGGCGGCAUGAAUUCUAUCACCGCCACAGCUUCGAAGGAAGAAGAUUGUAAAAUUGAACAACAUCAUCAACAACAUUUGUUUAGACCGAAUGUCCCUUAUAAUUUUGGAUCUUGGGAUUGGAAUGCAAUGAAUAAUAAUAUGAAUAGCAAUAAUACUAAUGAUGUUGGUAAUGGGGGUCAACAACAGAUUUGUAGACCUUUUUUCCCGCAGAAUGAUGUGAUGAAAAUGAUCAAUUUUAUAAAGCAGGAAAAUUAUACCCCCGCGAUGAUCAACCAUACAAACUUCAACCAAGAAAGCAACAACAAUAGCGAUAAUAAUAAUAAUAAUAAACUUGGAAUUAUGCGGCAAGCUCAACCUUCUCUGGAUAAGCUAAUUGAAAUGGGAUAUUCAACUCAGCAGUACCCAUACUCUUUGGAUCAGUUGCAUUCUCAAUUUCCAUUUGGUCAAACCAGAUUUCCACCCACUACAACAUCACUAUAUAAAGGCCCAACAGUUCACAGUGAGGACAAUCACAUCUACUCUGAAGUUGAUAAUAAGCCUAGAAGUCAAGAAGAUCAAUCACCACUAGAGAAGAGCACCAGUAAAAGCGAGAAAUUCGCAUGCGAUCACUGUGAAAAGAAAUUCAAAACAAAAUCAUACUUAAGUGAACAUAUAAAAGUUAUCCAUGAGGGUAUUUUAAUUCAGUGUGAUGAAUGUGGUGAUGGUUUCAAGUCAACUAGUUCACUUAAAAAUCAUAUUAAUCUAGUACACAAAGGUUUAGGGUUUCAGUGUCAUUAUUGUAACAAAGUGUUUACACAAAGACAUACCUUGAUAAUACAUGAAGAAUGCGUUCAUAAAGGAAUAAAAAUCUCUUGUAAUCAUUGUAACAAGAAGUUUGCAUCAAGAUGGUAUUUAAAAGAACAUAUCACAAUUGUCCAUGAAGGCAAUUUAUUGAAAUGUGAACUAUGUGGUCGUUCAUUCAAUUCUCAUUGUGCAUUGCGUUAUCAUUCAAACAUUGUUCAUAAAGAUCAUAAAUUUCAAUGUCCACACUGUCCUAAGACAUUUCGACUGAAAAGAUAUUUAGAGGGUCAUGUGAAAAGAGUUCAUGCAAAUUUAGGUAAAGGCAUUCCUCAAGCAGGCUGAUAUUGAAGAGUAAGCACACGCGGAUGAAAUACGGAAGUCAGAAACCCAAUAAUUCCAGUUCAUCAUGAAUGCUACUAUUAGUAGUAUGAUCAUUUUUCCUCUUUUUUAUUUUCAAAAAUAUUAUUGUCCACAUAUUGUGUAUCAUUAACAAUACUAUUGUCACUAUGAUAUUUGUGUAUUUAUGUUCUCAAUUGUACUUGUUGUAUAUGAAAGAGUAUGUAAUCAACAUAUUCAAUUUUCUAUCCUAACCAGAAAGCGGAAUGUAACGAAAGGGAAAGAACGUUAAAAACAACUGAAUGUAAAUAAACAAACUAUUUUGCUUCAAUUUUCUCUUUAUUUCUCACUUUUCCUUCUCUACACAAUAAACAACUAUAUACGACCAUAAUAUAGCUAUGUUUGUAUAUAUCUAUAUUCAACAUCCAAUGAUUUCAAAACCAUACGUAAAUAUAUUCAUUGUAACUUUUCCACUCUUUUCAAAAUAAGGCCCAUAAUAUAAAUCUCCGGCAUAGUUACCUCCUGAAACAGUUGACAUUAUAUCAACUAAGAAAGAAAAAAACCAACACAUAAACCUUUCGAACAACACACAGCCGAACAAGCAAAAAGUCCUCUAGACAUACCAACACAAACAACAGAACCAAACAGAAUACCACAAAAAACACUCAACUUCCCGCAAAAAAUACACCACAACCCACACCUAGGCUGCACAUGAAAAAGGCUUCGACAUACACACCGAACUAGAUUAACUGAACACACAAACAAACGCCCAACACAUUCACCCGACAACACCACCAAUAA